CUCUUCUUAAUACGGAAAGGAGCGAUGUUUUCCCCUCGGUUAUCCGCUGCUCAGCCGGCUACGGGCCUGCAGCCUGCGAAGAGACGAGCUGCGAGCACCGUCCGCCGCCGAAAGACAGCAGCCGCCUCCGUCAAUUCCGCUUCUAUGGCGUUCUGCUAUGGCUCUCCCUGCUCCGGGUUCCGCCACAACAAGUUAUGCGCGGCCGAGAUGGUACCCUCCGCAUAUCGGAGGGUUGCUACCAAAUCACGAGCACUUCGGAUCUCAUCUGACCAUUCCUGCAUCGAAGUAAGGAGAGUCAACUAUCGGCCACCUGGGACUCAGCACAACCUCUUGAAUGAAGUUAGUUUGUCCCUUCGUGAGAAAAGCUUUGGUUUGAUAUUUGGACGAAGCGGAAGUGGAAAAACUACUCUCUUGCAUCUGCUGGCUGGAUUAUCCAAACCUACAUCUGGGUCAAUCAUUGUGCAAAGAUAUGGGUAUGAUGGAAAACCAAGUGACUCCCCUGAACCAUUAGCACCAGAAAGGGUUGGUAUUGUGUUUCAGUUUCCUGAGAGGUACUUUUUAGCUGAUACCAUUCUCGAGGAAAUGACCUUUGGGUGGCCAAGGCAGAAGGCAGAUUUUACAUUGAGAGAACAACUUGCUUUGAAUUUGCAAUAUGCAGUUAAUUCGGUUGGUUUAAAUACAAUAUCUUUGGAUGAAGAUCCUCAUUCUCUGAGUGGUGGCUAUAAACGGCGCCUUGCCUUGGCAAUCCAGUUAGUUCAGACACCACAACUACUGUUACUAGAUGAGCCACUUGCAGGUCUUGAUUGGAAGGCUCGGGCUGAUGUUGUGAAGUUGCUAAAGCAUCUAAAGAAGGAACUAACAAUACUUGUCGUCAGCCAUGAUCUAAAGGAACUGUCAUCUCUAGUAGAUAUAUCUUGGAGGAUGCAAAUGGGAGGAAUUCUAAAAGAAGAAGCAUUUCCUCUUUAAUCAGCCUGUGUAUGUUUAUCAAGGUUGGUUACUUUGAUAGACUAAUAUAAUGAAUUUUCUGGAUCAGCAAGUGACAUCUAACCAUCACAUUUCAAAGAUAUUAUGCAGUCUUUGAUCA